AUGAAGGAAUUCCCGAGGAAGUUUCUCAGCCUACGGGAUAAGAGCGCCGAGCACCAUCGUAGCAAGUCAGCUCCUCCCGCAAAUAAGGCUCGUCCCCUCUCUGCAGAAGCGUUUCGCUCGAUAUUCAAGCCCGACCAUGCGAAACAAACCCACCAAAAUGAGGUGGACGCUGCGAGAGAGGUCGCCAAGAUUGAGGAUAUCCUGCACCGUUUGGAUCAAUUACACAUUAUGAACAUCACCGAGGAGCAUGUCCGAGACAUCUUGGGGACUAAAUUCGUCGGUGGAGACCUGGAACGCGCUGUCCAAUUCAUCGAUAUUGAGAAAAAGUCUUCUUCUGGGAUUAUAAUUCCCUACGACCCAAGUGUCCAGAUGGUUGGUGCCGAGAACCGCAGUGCCGUUACCUGUUAUAUAGACUCCCUUCUCUUCGCCAUGUUCUCCAAGUUGGACGCCUUCGAGUGCAUGCUCAAAACCGAUUUCCCAGAGGACGAUCCUAGGCAUAGACUCGUCAUCCUUCUGCGCAUAUGGGUCAACAUGUUACGGACGGGCAAGCUGAUUCGUACAGACUUGACUAAACUAAUACAAGAUUCCAUGGCUGAGUGUGGUUGGCCAGAAGCUCGCCUUUUAGAACAGCAAGACGCUUCCGAAGCAUUUGCAUUUUUUACAGAAAAGCUAGAGUUGCCACUCCUUUCACUACAAGUUGAUUUAUUUCACCAAGGCAAAUUCGACAAGGACGACCACAAGAUCGUUUAUGAGAGAUUAUUGAACUUGGCAGUGCCAUCAGAUUCCGAUGAGGACGGCACUCUAAAUUCGCCUUCUCAGCUAUUAAUUCCCAACCAAAUCCAGCUGAUUAGGGAUGGAGAAAGCACCGCGGCACCUGCAGCCAUGACAUUAUCCCCAGUCGAGAUGUCGCCGUCGAAACCACUACCAGAUGUUCCUCUGGAAACGAAUAAGGAGGAGAAGGUCGAAGAAGAAAAACUAGAAGAAGAGGAUAAAGAGAUGACAGCCGAUGAGAAAGUUGACGAGAAAAAAGCUGAAGAGAAGAAGGUUGACGAGGAAGAAGGAAAGGACAAAGUUGAAGAGGAAAAAGAUGAAGUGAGAGUUCCGUCAUCGGAGCAGGUCAAUGGAACGAGCCAGAAUAGCACUCUCGGCGAAACAUCACAGUCAACUGUUGUGGCUGAUCAAUCAGGGGCAUCUUCCUCUCGGAUGACGGUUCGGCAUAGGUCAACCAGCGUCAUUCAACGAGUCAUGCUUGACGACAGAGGCCGCCCAGCCAGUUCUGAGAACAUACGCAAGAGGCUGAGUUUGAAAGGGUCUACCGUCAUCAAGGCGGUCACAAUACCUGCAUGGCAAUUCUUCCGCCUAAUUCCCUGGCACGCAGUCAGCAACAGCACCGAGCCUCGGAACAAUGUCGAAGUGGCAAUGAAUCUCGAUCAGCGCCCAGUAGUAGGCAUUUGCUUGAAACGAUAUGCCAUGACCGAGACUGGUCUACCUAAGCGCCAUAAUACUUACAUCGACAUCCCCGAGAGCAUGAGACUUCCUCACUUUAUGCUCGCCGAUGGCCCACACAUAGAAGAGGAGACUAAUGGGCUAGCGACAGAGUAUAAACUUGUCCUACAAUCCAUUGUCUGCCACAGAGGCGAUUCUUUACAAAGCGGUCACUACAUUUCGUUUGCCAGGGUCGCCCCGAAGCUUCUUACAGACAACAGGAGGCAUGAUUUCGAUCCACCUCCAGAUUACGAAGAAGCACAGUGGGUGAGGUUUGACGACUUAGAUAUCGGCAGACGAGUCACAUUUGUCGACGACAUCAAAGAAUCUCUAAAGGUCGAGAUGCCGUACCUGCUUUUCUAUCAGAUUGUACCUAUGGUCGACGCACCUUGCCCAACAGAAAGCACAGAGGGCAGGCCGCCGUCUUAUGACGAGUCAAAGAAAAGUCUUGAGAUACUGCGCUCCACAACUAGCGAUGAAACACCCUCCAGUUCGACUCAUGGGCUGAUAACGCAUCACGAACAUCAAGCAUCGGCCUCCACCCAAGCCCUGGUAGCUCACCCACCCCAUGAGCAGCCAGCCUCAGCUUCCACUCAAGCAUUGGUAUCGCACCACGAGCACAAGGCCUCAGCUUCUACUCAAGCAUUGGCAACUCACCAUGAGCAUCAAGCUUCAGCUUCGACUGGUCGUCUAGGUCAAAGCAAAACACCCAGCAUCAGGUUAUCCGCAGAAGUUGAGCGCCCAUCUCGCAAGUGGCUGGAAGGCAUUAGCAUGAACUUUGGUGGUUCAUACGUAGAGUCGGUCAUCUCUCGUCGCCAGAGCGUGGCCCUUACCGAUUCUGCCAUUCACACACCAUCCAUAACUCCGGAUGCUGGGUCGCCUGCCAUGGCACCGGUCGACGAACCAACGGCUUCAAGAUUAUCGCGUGCCGCAUCGCGCUUCAACUUGGGCAAACAGAGUCGCCCUGCCAGCCAGUCGGGCGAGGGCCGCAUCAGUCUCAACCUGAGUCGCUUUGGCGGUUUGAUCAAGACGAGCAAAGAGCCGCUGCCGGAACCACCAGUACUGAAUAUCUCGACUGCAAACUCAACAGGGCAGCCUAGUCCCCAGCCUGGGUCGCCCACAUCACUCGAAAAGCAGCUGCACCACCCCGCCAGCAGUGAGAAGCAGGACAAGCCCGAAAAGGUAGAAAAAGCUGAGAAGCAAAAACACAAGAGAAAGAAAUCCAAAGAAAAGAAUGAAAAGCAGAAGACAGGCGAUCAACCAGAGCGGGAGUGCGUAGUGAUGUGA